AUGGACUCUCUGGAUCACAUGCUGACGGACCCCCUGGAGCUGGGACCCUGCGGGGAAGGAAAUGGCACACGCAUCAUGGAGGACUGCAUGUUGGGCACCACCAGGGUUAGUCUGCCCGAGGACCUUCUGGAGGACCCUGAGAUCUUCUUUGAAGUUGUCAGCUUGUCUACGUGGCAGGAGGUGCUGACAGAUGCGCAGCAAGACCACCUAAAAAAAUUCCUGCCUCACUUUCCUGAAAACAACCGAGAGCAUCAGAACAAACUCAUCUCUGCCUUGUUCAGUGGUGAAAACUUCCGUUUUGGAAAUCCACUGCACAUCGCCCAGAAACUCUUCCGGGAUGGUCACUUUAAUCCUGAAGUUGUGAAAUACCGGCAGCUCUGUUUUAAGUCCCAGUACAAACGCUACCUGAGCUCUCAGCAGCAAUACUUCUACCGACUGCUCAAGCAGAUCCUCGCAUCCCGCAAUCACUUGCUGGAUUUAGCUAGGAAAGGAGGCCCUGAUAUGACCCUAAGAAGAAAGCAUUUCUCACCGACGUAUGACACGGAAGAACGAGACAGACGGACGCAUCGGCGCUACUUGAAGAUUCUGAGGGAAGUGAAAGAGGAGUGUGGAGAUACCACCUUGUCUUCUGAUGAAGAAGAUUUAAGCUCUUGGCCUCCUAGUUCUCCAGCACGUUGUCCAAGUCCCCCAGUUCCCCUGAGAGUGAUCCCCACAUUGUCAACCUUGGACAUGAAAACAGCAGACAAGAUAGAACUUGGGGAAAGUGAUUUGAAGAUGAUGUUGAAGAAGCACCAUGAGAAACGAAAACGUCAGCCUGACCACCCCGAUCUAGUGACAACGGACCUGACUCUUGAGGACAUUAUGACUCGAGUAAAUGCUGGCAGGAAAGGGUCCUUAGCAGCCUUAUUUGACCUUGCAACCCUCAAGAAAAAGGUGAAGGAAAAGGAAGAUAAGAAGAAAAAAAAGCUGAAGAGUAUUAAAUCCGAGGUGGAAGAUUUGGCUGACGCUCUUAGCAAUGCAGAUGGAAUCCCACCGAUGUCUCAGGAUCCUUCCCCCAUCCCUCUGUCAUCCGUCAAAGAGGAGCCUCUUGAAGAGAUGAAGCCAUGCCUUGGAAUAAAUGAAAUAUCUUCCAGCUUCUUUUUCCUUCUUUUGGAGAUACUGUUUCUGGAAGGACCUGCUACUCUGUCUGUGCUUGAAGAUAAAGUUCUAGAUUGGCAAUCUUCUCCUGCCAGCGCGCUAAAUAACUGGUUCUCCUUUGCCCCUAACUGGUCUGAACUGGUUUUACCCGCCUUGCAGUACUUGACAGGUGACAGCAGAGAUGUUCCUUCCAGCUUCUCGCCUUUUGUUGAAUUCAAGGAAAAAACUCAGCAGUGGAAAUUGCUUGGUUCUUGCCAAGAUCAUGAGAAGGAAUUGGUAGCACUGUUUCAGCUCUGGUUGGAGACCAAAGACCAGACUUUUUUCAAAGAAAAUGAAGACAGCUCAGAUGCCACAACACCAAUUCCUAGAGUAAGGACUGACUAUGUAGUCCGACCUAGCACUGGAGAGGAGAAACGCGUGUUUCAGGAGCAGGAACGUUACCGUUACAGCCAGCCCCACAAAGCUUUCACUUUCCGUAUGCAUGGCUUUGAGUCAGUUGUUGGUCCCGUGAAGGGGGUGUUUGACAAGGAAACGUCAUUAAACAAAGCCCGAGAGCAUUCUCUCCUGCGCUCAGACCGACCAGCAUAUGUCACCAUCUUGUCCCUUGUUCGUGAUGCUGCUGCUCGCCUUCCUAAUGGAGAAGGGACUCGUGCUGAAAUAUGUGAGCUGCUUAAAGAUUCCCAGUUCCUAGCUCCCGAUGUCACAAGUGCUCAAGUUAAUACUGUUGUUAGUGGUGCUUUGGAUCGAUUACAUUACGAGAAAGAUCCCUGUGUGAAAUAUGACAUUGGACGUAAGUUGUGGAUCUACCUGCACCGGGACAGGAGCGAGGAAGAGUUUGAACGGAUUCACCAGGCUCAAGCUGCUGCAGCAAAGGCCAAGAAAGCUCUUCAGCAGAAGCCAAAACCUCCGGCUAAAAUGAAGUCUAGUAGCAAGGAGAGUUCUGUGAAAGCACUCCCCAGCAGCACAUCAGAGCCCAGUCAGCUGAGUCUUAGUGACUCCAGCAUGCCACCAACUCCCGUGACUCCCGUGACACCAACUGCACCAGCAUUACCAGCAAUGCCUAUUUCACCCCCACCAGUGUCUGUGGUUAGCAAGAGUGUAUCUAGUGCUGGAUCGGAGCCAGCAAAACCCAGCCAAAGCGUUCUUCUGGUAUCAUCCCCUACCAUGCCACAGCUCGGGACAUUGCUUUCCACAGCUCAGAGUUCACAGACGCAGCCAGGGCCGCAGCCACCUCCCACCCGGGUGGUAAGUCAUACCACCUCCUCAGGACUGCCGCAGGUCCGGGUGGUCACUGCCCAGUCCAGCCUGCCAGCUGUGUCUCAGCAAGCUCCGGCGGUAACCCAGCAGCAGCAACCUACGUCAGUGCCUCAAAUCCGCGUUCCAGCUACAGCCGCACAAUCCAAAGUGCUCCCUCAGGCUGUGAUGACUCUGCCGGUAAAAGCUCAAACCAGCCCAGUGCAGGUGCAAAGAGCAGGAAGCUCCGUGACAGGACAGACAGGCAUCACUGUGACAGGACUGUCUGCAGCGCCCAGUCCUGCUGUAAAGCCAGUAACCAGCUCUCCAGGCAGUUCUGCUACAAGCACCACCUCUACCACUGUCAUCCAGAAUGUAGCUGGCCAGAAUAUCAUCAAGCAGGUGGCUAUUACAGGACAACUUGGCAUGAAGACCCAGCCUGGAAGUGGCAUCCCACUCACAGCGACCAAUUUUCGUAUCCAAGGAAAGGAUGUGUUGCGCCUACCCCCGUCCUCUAUCACCACCGAUGCGAAGGGACAGACUGUGCUGCGUAUCACCCCGGACAUGAUGGCCACCCUGGCCAAAUCUCAAGUCACUACUGUCAAACUGACUCAGGACCUCUUCACAGCAGCUGCGGGAAGCAGUGCUAGUGGGAAAGGCAUCUCCGCAACUUUGCACGUGACAUCCAACCCUGUCCAGACUGCUGAUUCUCCAGCCAAGACUAGCACAGCCACUUCUGCUUCUUCCAGCCCAGCUGGAAGCACGGUGGUUAAAGUGACUCCUGACUUAAAGACUGCAGAGCCAACAAGCUCCGCUUUCCGACUGAUGCCUGCUCUGGGCAUGACUGUGGCAGAUCAGAAGAGCAAAGCCAUAACUACGGUGGCAUCCACGGAGGCCAAGCCAGCUGCUACUAUAAGAAUCGUGCAGGGGCUGGGGGUGAUGCCCCCCAAAGCUGGGCAGACUAUUACGGUAGCUACUCAUGCUAAGCAAGUGCCCUCUUCCUCAGCAGUGAGCGUGCCGGGCACAGUCCAUACCUCAGCUGUUUCUUUACCAACCGUGAGUGCCACAGUGUCAAAAGCAGUUGCUGUGGCCUCGGGAGCUGCUGGGACUCCCAUAACUAUAGGCACAGGAGCCACUGCUGUGCGGCAGGUACCCGUCAGCACCACAGUGGUAUCUACAUCCCAGGCAGGUAAACUACCAGCACGAAUAACAGUGCCUCUGUCAGUGAUCAGCCAGCCAGUGAAAGGCAAGAGUGUGGUGACUGCCCCCAUCAUCAAGGGCAACCUUGGGGCCAACAUCAGUGGAUUAGGUAGAAAUAUCAUCCUGACUACGAUGCCAGCAGGGACAAAACUGAUCGCUGGGAACAAGCCAGUGAGUUUUCUGACUGCACAGCAACUACAGCAGCUGCAGCAGCAAGGCCAAGCCACGCAGGUUCGAAUUCAAACUGUACCAGCCUCCCAUCUCCAGCAGGGAACAGUGUCCGGCUCUACUAAAGCAGUUUCCACUGUGGUUGUGACAACAGCUCCGUCUCCAAAACAGACCCAGGAUCAGCUAUGAACACUGGUUUGAAAAUGCAUUGCUUUCCAAGAACUUCCCUGAGUCUGUGGUCAUCCUCCAUCCAACCACCCAAGACUACCUAACCACAGUCAUGACUAGGGAUUGGACUGGAUUCUGUCACGUUGCUUGUCUGGAGUCAGCAUUGUGAUGUCUAGGUAGAAAUUCCACAACAGACGACGCUGUACCUACAAAACAAAAUGUUUCAGUCCAGAUGUGUAAAGCCACGUUUUGUGGCAUUGAUCAUUUAAGAAAUGUCUUCCUUUUCUUUGUUCUCUUCCCGUCCAAAGGGCUUUUUGCGAAUAUCGUUUCUGUGCAUUUUGGGUUGUAGGCAAAGCAGUUGAUCUUGGGUGUUCCUUAACCAGGGAAACUUGCUGGGAAGGGGUAAUUCAGUGGCUUUUCAAAGUCGUGAAGAAGAUGCCUCCUUUUGCUGGAGUCUAGCUGUCGCUACUUUUAUAUAGAUGACUUAGGAUGGUGGCUUGGACACCAGAGUUGUUUGUAACAUAGCCUGGAAGUAGAUCCCUAACACAUUCGGUGUACUAUUUAUAGACUUUUUAAAUACCUCUCCCCUACCUCUGAGCUCAAACUUCUUUUGAACAGAUACCGCUUCCAUGUCAAAUUUCUGUCAAAGGCAGGAUGAGAGUCAAGACGGUUUUUGCUGUAAAAAAGCUAGUAACCAUGGGGAGGAGUGAGAAGUGGAGGAGAUAAAUUCAUUGUGUGAACAAGUCUGUCAGCAAAUGGGAGUAUGCUGGAAAGGAAAAAGAAGGUGUUCACCAGAAGGAUCCUCCUUUAGUUUUCCUCAACAAAUAAACCCUUUUAUCAGUCAAAAAAGACUGUAGCUUGUUUUAAAACUUUGGAAUAUGUUUUCAAAUAUACCCAAAUUGUAGUCUCUUGGACUCAGAAGAAAUAUUUUAACCCAUGAUCCUGGCCUUUGGUUUUGUUUUUAGCUUUGCAAUUUUAUCUCUCCAUGUAAAUUUGUCCUGAAUUUUGCACAUACCAGAGAUAAAUUUGUGGCUGUUCUGAUACGACCUUGAAGCAUUCUCGGAAUGAGAUCAGAAGACAUGUUGGACCAGGAAAAGAAUAAAAGGGCAGAAAGCCUUACAAAUCUCUCUGCCAUCUCCUUUCGGUUUUGUACAGCUUGUUGUUUUGUGUACAAUGAUUGUCAAGCUUGCCAAGGGCUAAUAGAUUGUCCAUCUUCUUUGUAAGGUGGUUCUUUUUAACCUGGUUUCUCUUGUAGUCUUUUUUUUAAAUAAGUG